AUGUUCGCAUAUGGUCUCCUUCCUUUCCUUCUUCAACGCCUCCGAACACGUCGUUACCAACAACAACAACAACAACAGCAACAACAACAGCAACAACAGCAACAGCAGCAGCAAUCAGUGAGUCCACCCUCCUCCGCUGCUCUGGCUCCCAAAACUUGUGCCGCCGCGGGUGCGGUGCGCGGUCGCGCCGGCUCCGCCGUCUCUGGCCUCGGCCAGCAACAGCAGCAGCAGCGAGGUCCGGCUGCCGACGUGGGCCCGGGCGUGCCCGAGACACCGGUCAAGAAAACCAUCGUCGCCGGCGCCGUGCACGACGUCCCCUGCGCUGCUUGUGUGAAGCGCACAGCCGGUGACUAUGGUCACCGCUGCCGCGACGUCGCGGCAGCCGGGGCGCUCGUUGCUUCUCGUGCGCGAGAAUCAACAAGAGCUGCGUCCCGCCGCGUUGCGGAGAUGCUCGCGGUCGCUGACGCCGCUGCCGACAACGACGACGAAGACUUCCAGCAGGCAGCCUUGGCUGCUCAGCAGGCCCUCAGCGGCAGUCGUGCCGAGGACCGCGCCGGCGGCAGCGGCGGUGUCGCUGCGCCUGCUCCGGCAAUCCGAGGCGCGGCUGCUGCCGAGCUGGCUCUGCGGGAGCGCCAGGUUGUGGCCCUCGAGGGCAUCAACCAGAACUUGGGUCGGUUGGUGGGUUUGCUCCGUGGCUUUGUGGAGCGGGAGGACGACAGCGUUGGCGACGAGUAG